CACGUGUACACCCGAGAACAAAAUGCGUAAUUGUAUUCUCAGUCAUGUAAUGUAUACUUUAUUUUCUGAUAUCGACUGUGAUAUUACUGAUUUCUGUAAACUACUGAGCUGUAUAGUUUAAAGUCAAUAAAGAAAUUUAAGUGUUGAUUCACAUAUAACAGUAUUAAAUUUCCUGUGUUGUUUUAGGAUAUCUAAUACUCCUGUGUCUCUUUCUAUUAUUUUUUUAAAAUGCAUUCAAGCUGAUGAACCGAACAGUUCUACUUGCUUGUAAUUAGAAAUGCUUUGAUGAGUCUAAAAAUGGCCAUAUCAUGGACGGUAGCGGUUUAGGGGAGAGCAUCAGGAGAGAUCGACCAACAGCAAAGCGCCCUCAGGAAUGGACUGAGCAUAUUUACACGCCAGAUAACUCAAACGUGCACACGACAAACGAAAACAGCGACAAGAAAAGUCUGUGGCAAAGACUCAAAAACAUCAACAAAGGGAAAUCAAAUGAGGAACAUCAGGCAAAACAAAAAACUGAUACCCCAACCCUUGGCAUCGGUAACAGGGGCCAGCUUCUGAACGAUACGUCAGAUCUCAAGCCUCGGCCAAUGCUUGAUGUGGGCACGCCAAUGCGAAAAAUUCGGAACGAUAAUUCGAUUCCUAAAUCCCAGUCACAGUGGCAACGAGCGUUCGAAGCAAUCUCCGAAAUGAAGAAAACCGAGCUCAAUCAACCGAAACCGAUGAAUAUUAAGCAAAUGGACAGAAAGUAUGAACCUGUCAACGAGUCAGCGUCAGCGAGCGAACAUGGUCGUCCCAAACCAGCGUCAGAUGAUACAGAUUCAUUUUGGUUACCCACACCUCGCAACUCUAGACCUGACACACGUAGAUCCGGCAUGGAAUUUUGGGGAGCGGAGGACUUUUGUUUCGACCCCAUUAAUUCCGUUGACAUGGAGAAUAUACAAGAUCCGAGUAACUGGAAAUUAUAAAUGGGAAUAAACGCUAUUGUAUUUGUA